AUGGCUCCUCAAACCAAGACUUUUACCCUAAGGGAACUCGACGCCGCGAUCAUCAUGCUCGAAAUGACCGGGAAAACCACCUACACAGAGGCGGAUGUGGAGGGGGCGGUCAUGACGCUUAAAGUGCGCAACCUACUUCCCAGCUGGAGCCACGAUGAGGGAGCAGAGUACACGCUGGAAGAGUACCUAGCUAUGAAGCAGGUAUAG